UGCUACUAGACUCGGAAGCCUGUUAAGCGGAAGCUUCUUCUAUUCCGUCCACAACCACUUGAACCUUCAUCGACGGGCAAUGCCACUGUGUAAUUUAGGCGGGACUAUAAUUUCUGAACAAAACAAUUGGAUUUAGUCGGCCUGGCAACUUUUUCCUACGUGAAGAAAAUAUCCUAGUUGAGAUUCGUGUUGCUAAGUAGCUGUGUGAGUGGUAGGUAUGUGAUCAGGUCAGUUGACGUUCAAUGAAACGACAAAUGGCUGUAUAAGAAUGAUGCAUGUUGGCUCGUCACGAUUCCUUAAGUGGGUCCCUAAAGACUAUAACUCAAUAGCCACAUAUUUCGUCAUGGAUCAAAAUAGAAGCCAGAAACAAUCAUGUAGUUUCCUGUUUCAUUCUUCUCGAACAUAAGAUCGACAUUGUUAACUGAAGAAAAUCUGUUUUUGUAUGAUGUUUAUCUUUUGUCAAAUGCCAAGUUGUUUAUUUAUUUUGUAACCCCUCUUCUUUUUUUUCAAUACAACUACCCCAUCUUGUGUACCACAAUCUUUUAGUGUCCUACUGUACAAAAAAGUGUUGUGUUUUGUCAACUUAUGGUUGAGGGGUCAUGGUGUAUUUAUGUAUUAGAUCAAUGACACAGUUAACGCCCUUGGCUUUCCAUCACUGGACGUUAUGUCUGUUUGAACAGACUUCAUUCGUUUCUUGCUCACAAUAUCUACACAUAUAUGUGUAGAUAUACACAGAAUGAAUCAAUCCAAUAAUAAUGAAUACGAUGAGUUGACAAAACGUAUAGGUUUUACAUCAAUGAUGGAACUUAUCUGUAUUUGUUUAUUUCCAUUAAUAUUACAAUGUUUACGAUCACUGGUAUGUAUACAUUUUAAUAUAUUAUCGAAAAAUCGAUUUUAUUUAUCUUUGAUUAUUGAUUAUUUCAUUAUUCUAUUACCAAUUAUUUUAUUAUUAACUUUAUUAUCUUCUUAUAUUAUUAUAAUUGUAAUAAGUUGUAUUGUCAUAUUUCUAUUAUGGUUAUUAUUACCAAACUAUAAUCAAAUGAAUUCUUUUGGAAAUUUCCAUUUUUUUCCAACGGAUAUUUUAAUUGCCUAUUUACGAACCACCAUAUAUAUACUUUCUUGUAUUAUGAUUUAUGCUAUUGACUUACCAAUCUGUCCAAGACGUUUUGCUAAAUCUGAGUUAAAUGGUGUUGGUUUAAUGGAUGUUGGUACAGGUUUAUUUAUAUGUGCAUCUAGUAUAUCCGGUUCUAAAUUAGUUUGGUAUAUGAAUAUUUACAGAGGUAAUAGUAAAAGGUUUUUAGAUUGUACAUUGAAUUCUGUAGUACCAUGUUUAGUUUUAGGAUUAUUACGAACAUUAUUAAUUCAAAUGUCAAAUUAUCAUCAGAAUAUUGUAGAAUAUGGUGUCCAUUGGAACUUUUUUUAUACUAUUGCAUUGAUACGUGCCAUAUCACUCGUUAUGACCACUGAAAAUCCUAUCAGUAGUUAUUUGAUAACAUUUUCACUGAAAAAACAAAUUCUGUUCUAUUACGUUGUAUCUUCUAUAUUCUUAAUAUUCUCUGAAUUUUUGCCAAUAAUAAUUUGUCCACAGUAUUUUCAAAGAAGAUGGCAGUUUAAUCCAAGAACACUACACUAUAUCAAUGAUAAUCGAUCAAAAUCUUUAUGGAUUGCUAAUUUUGAAGGUGUCACCUCCUUAUUUGGUUAUGCAUCAAUUUACUUCUUCAAUUUGAGUUCAUCACUUAUAUUUCGAUCUUAUUUGUCAACAGACACUAAUAAUGACAGUAAUAAUGGAGUAAGUUCAUUGAACAAGAAGGAAUUUCCGCGUAAUAUUCCGUUAUUCAGAUUACAUUUAAUCUGUGCUUUCAUGAUCCUAUGCUCAAUAAGUUGUUUCCACUCACUAGGUGGUAGUCAAAUGACAUCCAGACGUUUUGGAAAUUCUAGCUAUGUAUUACUCAUUAUAUUUCUCUCAGCCAUCUGCUUUCUUUUUCUCUCUUCGAUGAUUUCAUUACUGAUACACUUUAAAUCACUUUUCAAUCUAAAUUUAAGCUAUUCUCCAUUAUCCUUGAUAAUUAAUGAUAAAGGCUUGUUAUAUUUCAUCAUUUCGAAUUUAUUGACUGGUUUCUUCAAUGUGUUUUGUUUGAAUACUCUACAUUUGUUGCCUGAACGGGCAAAGUUAAAUGUUAUCACGGGUACGUAUGAUGAAUUGAGUUGGGCUUCGUCAUUGUUACAAUUUUUAGUGCUCUUAACCUAUUCGAGUUUAUCAGUUAUUUUUGUUUUAAUUGGUUCCUAUUACGAUUGUCUUAAAUUUCUUACUUCUAGUGUGUUUGGUAUUUUUAAAUAAAUGAUUGGUGUGAAUCAA